UAUUUACAAUAACCAAAAAUCGUAAUUUACACAAAAUAGCUUCACUAUUAAACCAAUGAAUAACAACAAUUUACAAAUAAUGUCUAGAUUUUUCUAAAUUUAACCAACAAGCGCUAUUUCCAUACAACCACUCCACACCAAUAAUGUCUCCUUCAACGUCAGAUUGUUGUUGGCAUUCAGUCGUGAGCAUCUCUCUGAAUGAGCUCUCCUCCAGAUCCUUCUUUGGAUCAUGUUUUGCUACCCGUGCAUAGUCUCCCUUUUGUCCAUAAAAUUUUUAACAUUUAUUUUUGCCGUUAAAAAUGUACGAUAACAUUGGUAAUGAUCAAAUAUUUGGGGAAUUACAUAUCUAACAUUUUUUUUAAGACCACUCAGAAAGCGACAUAUACCUGCGGAUUCGAUGUUAAACAUGCCGAUUAUUUUCCUGCCGGAUUAAAAAUUCCAAGGCGUCUCCACAUCGGCAAUGCUACUUUGUUUGUUGUAUGCAAAGUCUUUUCUGCAAAUUAAUGCCGCACGUCGUCAACAAACGAAAAGGAACACCACACAGCUGAUGCUGCACCGUUUCGCGAAUCCCACGAUCGACACGACAGAGCCGACAGAGCCUCUGAUCGAGUAAAGUCGAUUCUUAACAUUCCGUAACAACUAAGAUUUAAUACCUCAGAUGAAAACAAUGGAAAUUGUGACUUUUAAUUAAAUACAUGAGUAUUGUUUUAAUUAAUACUACAAACUAUUGUAUACUGUCAAGUUUCAAGAGUCGACAUUUUUCAGUUUUUGGUCAAUUGUUUUUGUGAACGGUUGGUUCUGAUCGAUUUGUUUUAUGCUUGCAUUGAAAAACUCGUUUACCAAAUCCCAUCUUUUUUUUUUACAGAAAAUGGAUUGGAUCCGAUGCACCAUUAGAAAAACUACGUUGCCAAUAUAAAAAUCCCUCGGUGCAAUACCUUCUGUCUGCUAUGGCACCACGUGGGCUUCUUGCGCUUGCAUUUACGGUGCACGUAACGCUACACUUUACGACGGCAAAGCACAUCUUGUUUGUGGAACAGUGGUCACCCCCACACCCACUGCCAAUGUCAACUACAUCAUCCUCGGCAUCGUCAACACCAAACACUUCCUCUUCGUCCUUUCAUUGCAUCUGUGCGUCACUGCCACCCGCACACUGCGAUAUCCACUUCGCUCUGACAAACUGCGUCUGCAAAUCUCACGCAGCCUCUGCUAAUAAUGAGACAUCCAUCCAAGAGACACACGUGGAAAUAAGCAAACUCGUUACAGAUGCUGCUGAAGCCAUGGAAAGUCUGUCACUGUGGCUUUGGCAAGAUUCACCUGACCUGGUUGUGCGUAUGUCCCAUGCCCUAGCCAGCGAGUGCCCCCUGCAUGUGAAUUCACUUCACAUAUCGCGCUGCAUGUUCAGUGACAAACCCACCAAUGAAGAGGACGGUGCCUACAACACGAAGGGAGCCGUUGGCGCUGAUUGCACCAAAUCGGAAGAAAAUGGUGGUGGUGGUUACGUGCUUAUGCUUCAAGGGUUGCGGGAGGUGUGUGCGGAUUUCCACACACAUGACGACGGCGCUGUCCGUUCGUGCUUGCUUCUUCGCGGCAAUAUUUAUGAAGACCUAAACGAAUAUGCUAAUGUUAAUGUCGGGCAUAAUGAUAACUUUGCAGAUAAGAGGGGUAUAUUUGGUAUACAUGCUAACAAUGAUGUAAACCAUGAAGCUCGUGAAAACACCGUUAAUAGCGGUGAAGUAGAGAUAGCAUUGGUGCUUCUUUCCCUUCCUGCCAUACCCCCUGGACUACGUGCAGUGACACUCCUCGUGAAUGGUGACACAUACACCCAGGUAAUGGCCUGCUUGGAUCAUGCAAAGAAUUGUGUCUCUUCUGAAAAAAUACUACUUACACUAAUUUACUGACCGAGUAAAUUUGUGCACAGAACCUAUAAUUGCAUGUUAAGUAUUUCGCUAAUCAUGUGUAGAAUGAAGGUAAACACUUCACUUCAGGACUGCUUAAAAUUUGAUUGGAUGUUACUAUGGUACAUAGUAAGACCGAUAGUCUCAUUCAAAUUCUGUUUGGAUAUUGACUCGGCCCAUCAUACCUUGACAGGCAACAAAAUAAGAACCACUUUGAAGUUAAAAGUGGUUGUCCUAUGGAUCCAACAUUUGUCCCUGCCAUGUGAAUUUGGAAUUUCCACCACUUAUCUCGGUACCACCAACAGAGCCACCAUCCUGUCCUGAUCUAAGCUUAUAGUUAGACUUAUAAACAUGAAAACACAUAUCAAGAAACAGCGCAAGUAGGAGAAAGAGAACUGUUUUAAGGGUGUCCAAUCAAUGGAUUUGCUGCUCAAAUGGGCAUUCAGGUGGUGCUCAGCCCCUGCGAUCGUGGGGAAAAUCUAAAUGCCUAAAGUGGGGGCAAGUCUAUGAGUAAGACAAUCACUGUCGAUUUCCCAACAAAGUGGUACUCUUGUUUAAUUGACCCUAGUGGAGGGCUCAUGGGCACUGUCAAUUUCCCAACUCGGAUUAGAACUCGCAACCCUUCGGAUUACCAGGUACUCACUCGACCGUUGUGCGGGGAGGAUAAGCGGUGUGACGUGAUGGGCAGGUAACACGACUUAUGCAGCAAAGCUUGUCAUGAAGUUAAAGAUGAAGAGGAAUUCGUUUUGUGUGUGGAUAUCCACACACACGCUAGAGGUUGUUGAACAUGAAUGUAUACCUUCACAGUACAUUAAUUAUGAAGAUGUGGAGAACAUCAUGAGUUCCACACAUGUGCAGCAUGUCUAUCACAGCCUUGUUGAAUUUUAAGUGUUUCGCUUUGACCAAUGCCAUCAGUGUGGCGAGCAAACAACAAUGGAUGACCUCCCAAUGGUUCAAAAAGCAGCACAAUCUGAGAUGGUUAACUCUGUCUCCAUGUAUGCCAAUAACAUCUCUAUACCCUAUCUGUGUCAUUUUACAGUACCGCAUGUUUAUUUGUACAAUAUAGUAUAUAGGUAACGUGCCAUCCACUUGCUUUUACUUAUACUUCAAAUUCGUUUAUGCAUCAUACAUUUUGAUGUUUUGAAGGGUUCCACUGUUUCUAAAUAUAUUCUAAAUGAUAACAGCUCAUAUGCAAAUGAAAUACGAUACUAUAAAUUAUGGAAACAGUCUUAAUUUAAAUUUGCAUCAGUACCCCAUCGUGUACAGUGUGAUGAAAUGUGUAAAAUGUUGAGGUAAAAUUAUAAAAUAUGUGUAAGAUCUUAUUUUAGACGAGUAAAGGCUUGUUUCUGGGCAGAAAAUGUCAUCGGAUUUUACGACUUGUUGUUGGCAAGUGGUCUGAGGACAUUGCAAGUUCUUAAAAUGGACUAAUCCACAGAAACUUAGUGCCUCCUACUAUGCCUGGGUGACGGAAGCUGAAGACAUGUUGCAGAGGAGGAAUAUCCCGAGACAGCCUCACAGCAUUCCACGGGCAUCCUGUCAAGAAGGGGAUGUUUAAGCAAAAGUUAAGACGGAACGUCACCUUGCCACAUUGAACUCACAUAUAAGUGUGGCACAUGAGGAAUGGACCACUCUUUUAAUUAUUUAAUCGUGCAGCAAGGGAGUAAAGUGUGGUUUUGUGAAAGUCCUUAUGUGCUGUGCAGUACAUGAAUGCACGUGUGGACACCAGCAUGCGAUAACUGACUUGGGCCUGUGGAUGUCUGGCAGGGUUAUUGAUUAACCGGACUUGUACACCAGUCACGUGGUUAAUGGCUACUCGGUUGAGAAUUGCUGUGUGUGACACACGUGCUGUUGCAUUCUACAGGCAAAGGACCUAAAGGUUGCUUUUGAUCAAAAUAGAAAUGUUCGAGACUUGUUCUCGACUUCAAGCUUGGCUUUGAAAUGUUAGUUUGUAAUAUAUUCAAUAGGAGGGGUUUUAGCACUGUGCACUGUAAAGGAUGAUGUACUGCAGUUAAUACUUGUAAUUCACUAAACCCUAAUACUGUUUAUUCUAUAACCAUGCCCAUGCACCCAGAGUAAGACUACUUGCAAUGCUAUUGAGAAUAGAACACAUAGUAGUAAGUUGUACAAUGGUGACAAGUACAGUAUGUAUACUGUACACAUACAAAACAGAUAAUGGGUGUAAGAUACCGAUAUAAGUGGAUGGUAUAGAUAGACAUACAGCUUAGGAUUAAAGUGAUAUUUGAAUAGUGAAGUGCAAGGGUCAUUGUCAAAGACAAAGAUGGUUUAUCAGCAGUAGAAUUUGGUUUAAGAGAAACUGUUAUUGAUUAACGAGACUUGUACACCAGUCACGUGGUUAAUGGCGACUCGGUUGCGGAUUGCUGUGUGACACAAGUGCUGUUGCAUUUUACAGAUUGACCACAAUAAAUGUGUUUGCUCUCGAUUUGGA